AUGGUAAUCCAGUUGAUAACAAACCCAUGGCCAAUCCAUGGCUGUUUUCAAAAUUCCUGUGUGUUUACUGUCAAACUGUCAAGGUGUAAUGCAACCGUAAAUGUGGGCUAUUUAUUGAUCAAACCUUUGUUGUUAAUCGUCUGAUAAAUGUAAGAGUACACUGUGUGUUGCGGGCAAGCUCGAGCGAAAUGUUCAAAAACACAUUUCAGUCCGGUUUCCUUUCCAUUCUUUACAGUAUAGGGAGCAAACCUUUACAAAUUUGGGACAAAAAGGUGCGAAAUGGGCACAUAAAGAGGAUCACGGACAACGACAUUCAGAGUCUAGUGCUAGAAAUAGUUGGCACCAAUGUUAGCACCACGUACAUUACGUGUCCUGCUGAUCCUAAAAAAACGCUUGGUAUCAAGCUGCCUUUUCUGGUUAUGAUAAUAAAGAACCUGAAGAAAUACUUCACCUUCGAAGUCCAGGUUUUGGAUGACAAGAAUGUACGUCGAAGGUUCAGAGCAAGCAAUUAUCAGUCUACGACUCGGGUGAAGCCCUUCAUUUGUACCAUGCCAAUGCGGCUUGAUGAAGGUUGGAAUCAAAUCCAGUUCAAUCUGGCAGAUUUUACUCGAAGAGCCUAUGGAACAAAUUAUGUAGAAACUCUCAGGGUACAAAUACAUGCAAACUGCAGAAUUAGAAGAGUUUACUUCUCAGAUAGGCUGUAUUCAGAAGAUGAACUUCCAGCUGAGUUUAAGUUAUUCCUACCAAUACAAAAUAAGACCAAAACCGCUGUAGCAACAUAAAAUUUCAUCAGUGUAAAACAAACUUGUAAUGUCUUUAACUUAGUAAAUGUAUUUAUAAGUCUA